AAAAAGGCUCGGGUUGUCGCAGCAGGCGUGGCCAUUAUUGUCAACAGCGCCCUCGGAUCGUCAUUACCGUCCGGGGCCGCGAGCGACAUUUCCAAAGAGUUCUCUGUCACCGCCCCUCUGCAGCUCGUCCUACUCAACUCGAUAUACAUGGUUGGCUUUGCAAUCGGACCCCUCAUUUUUGGACCCCUUAGCGAGCAUGUCGGUCGCCGUCUCGUGCUCAUAGGCACGUACCUCGCCUACAUGAUCUUUACGCUCUGCUGCGCCGUGAGCCCUACCUAUGGAACGCUGCUGCUCUUUCGUCUGCUUUGUGGUAUAGCUGCAGCGGCCCCCAACGCCGUCGUCGGACCGCUGUUUGCCGAUAUAUAUGAUCGUCCUGAACCAAGGGGAAGGUCAUUGGCAUACUUCAUGUGUGCCACCUCUAUGACACCGCCCUUUGGACCUAUAAUCUCGGGAUAUGCAACUAGGGUGUCUUGGAGAUUAACCUUCUGGAUAGGCCUCGCCAUUGCUGGCGUCUGCCUUCCGCUCGUACUAUUUCUCCCCGAGACCUAUGUCCCUGUUCUCAAGAAAAAGUAUGCCAGGAAAAAUGGAGACGACAUAUCACUGGAGUUACCCUCUCCAGAGAAGAAAAAGUAUCAGCUUCUGCAGGAACUUGGAACCGUCUUCUCAAGGCCUUUUGUCAUGACCACCAGGGAACCAGUUGUUCUUUUUUCGUCCCUGUACCUGGCGCUGAUCUAUUCGACGUUAUACCUCUUUUUCCAAGCAUACCCGAUCAUCUUCCAAGAUAUCCAAGAAAUCACUGACAAGAUUACAGUGACUGGUGGCUCUGUCCUAGCUCUGGUGAUCUUCCUCUGCUACAGCGCCUACCACUCUUCGGCCAUGAAAGCAGGUGCUCCUUGGGCAAGCAAAAUCGAGCAUCGCCGACUUCCCCUCGCCUGUGCAGGUGGCCCAGUGAUCGUCAUAUCUCUGUUCUGGCUCGGAUGGACAGCCUACCCUAACAUUCAUCCCGCAGUGCCCGCAAUUUCGGGCCUCUUGUUCGGAACUGGCUACCUCAUAAUAUUCAUGGCCCUGUUGAACUACAUCACCGACGCCUACAGGCAAUUCUCUGCCUCAGCCCAGGCGUCUGCCAGCACGCUGCGGUCCAUUACCGCUGUCUGCUUACCCCUGGCGGCACCACAGAUGUACGACAAACUCGGGGUUCAGUGGGCAUGCUCACUACUUGCCUUCAUCACUUUGGUGCUAGCAUUGAUUCCGUUUGUUUUUAUCCGGUAUGGAGAGGUCCUUCGGAAACGGAGCCCGUUCUGUCAAAAGCUU